AAGAAGAGUACUAGAGGCGGGGUCAGAUCUCUUCUGUUGUACUUGCUACUGUUCGUGUUGUCUACAGGAGCAGCUUUCUACCUUCGAGACUUUCUGAAAGUUCUCCUUGAGCCGUGGUAUGACUUCGCAGAUUCAAAACUCCAUGGCAUUAUCUCGCCUGAGCCAGAUCCUAUGGUUGCCGACGUCGCAAAGCGUACAGCUAUCGUAGACGCCUUCAAGCAUGCAUGGCACGCCUACGAGCGCGAUGCAAUGGGCGCAGACGAAUACCAUCCUAUUAGCCAUCAAGGCAGCAAUCUCAGCUCCGCAGGCGGAAUUGGGUACACCGUCGUAGACGCGUUGGACACGAUGAUGAUGAUGGGUCUCGAUGAUGAAGUCGCGCGGUCGCGCAAAUGGGUUGAUGAGAAACUCGACUUUGAGAAGAAUGGGUCAUUCUCUAUGUUCGAGACGACGAUUCGCGUUCUCGGCGGUCUUCUCUCCGCGUACCACCUCUCUGACGGAGACAAACUGUACCUGGACAAGGCCGUAGACCUAGCGGACCGAAUGCUCCCUGCGUUCAAUACACCUUCAGGUCUCCCACUCUCAAGCGUCAACCUUGCGGAACGCGUUGGUGUUCCCGAUCGUGACAAUUACGGCUGGGUUAGCACUGCGGAAGUUGCGACUAUUCAGCUGGAGCUACGUUACCUUAGUACAUUGACUGACAAUGACACGUAUUGGAGGGCAGCUGAGAAGGUUAUGUCUCUGAUUAAACAAAAUAAUUUGUCGCCGCACCUGGCGACUAUCUUUAUGGACCCGGCGACUGGCGCUUUCAUCCCCUUCGAUAUCCGACUAGGUUCUCGGGGAGACUCCUACUACGAAUACCUUCUAAAACAAUAUUUACAGACGGAUAGGACCGAGGAAGUCUACAAAAACAUGUACCUGGAAAGCAUGGGUGCCGUCACUAAGCAUCUCGUGCAAAGGAGCAAGUUUACCGGGAUCACCUAUACUGCGGAACUCAUUCCCGAGCGGCAACAGGGUGGAGAGACAUUCUGGCGACUCGUACCAAAGCAAGACCACCUCGUAUGUUUCCUGGGAGGCUCGAUGAUGCUCGGGGCAGCAACAGCAGGAGCCAUGACAGACGAGAUAUCAAUCCCACCUCAUCCCUCGCAGCUUACACCCGAAGCGAAACGUGAUUGGAGGAUAGGUGUUGAACUUAUUCGGACGUGUAUGGUGACGCAUAAGACGAAGACAGGCUUGGCACCUGAGAUUGCGCAUUUCCGAGUACCGGGUGAUAAGAUUGACUCUUCGUUGAAAGACGCUCCGGUAGACUGGUAUAUUAAAGGUGCCAAACCUGGUGCUCCGCCUCCGCUUGACGCACGUUAUAUACUCCGACCUGAGACCGUUGAAUCUCUCUUCAUCGCAUAUCGCCUGACUGGAGACAGCAAAUACCGCGAAUACGGCUGGAGGAUCUUCCAAGCGAUCGAGAAGCACUGUAAGGUCGAGUCGGGUGGGUACGCAGCAGUGCUUAACGUAGACGAGUUACCGGUGACGCAUGAAGAUAAAAUGGAGACGUUCUUGCUGAGCGAGACGCUUAAAUAUCUGUACCUGCUCUUCUCAGAUGCAGAUGAUAUGCCGUUAUCAAAAUACGUAUUCAACACCGAGGCGCAUCCGUUCCCGAUUUUUACGCCAUCCAUCCGGACAGGGUUCUCUUAAUUAGAUGAGAGAGGAUUACUAGGACGAGAUUGGAUGUACAUAUCUACGCGAAAUCUUC